AUGUCUAGAUUCUCUCAAUUCCGCGACAGAGGCUCCGGCAUCGCUCCCUUCCUGCCCAUCCCCCCCGAGCCGCUGGGCAUCCAAUUUCCACUGCGCGUGGCCCUGUUCUGCUUCCGGCUCGUGUUUUUCCUCGUCGCCUGCGUGUCGUAUUUCGCCGUCCUGCAGUGGCUACCGAUCGGCUCGUUGGGCAAUAAGGCUGCAUUAUGGUGUAUCCUGGGUGUACCGAGUAUCUGGUGGAUAGAUCUGCAGAUUGACGGAGUGAAGAGGGGGUCCCUCGCGCAGAAUAAAACCCGCCUUCCAGGCAAAGGCGCCGUGAUCGCCGCCUCGUUCACCUCCCCCAUCGACGCAAUCUACCUCGCCGCAGUGUUUGAUCCGGUCUUUACGGCUUCGUACCCGCGUACAAAACAGGUAGAACACCUGUCGCUCUUUCAAGCGGUGGUGCGGGCGUUCGCACCGCCGCGGGUGACUCCCCCGCCCAGCACGAAGCUCGUGGAUAUCGACACCCUGCUGCGCCGGUACCCGAGUCGGCCGCUUGUUUUGUUCCCCGAAUGCACGACUACGAAUGGCCGAGGGGUUCUCCCGCUCAGUCCCUCGGUGGUGGGGGUGCCGCCCGCGACGCGCUUGUUCCCUGUCAGUUUGCGCUAUACGCCUGUCGAUGUCGUGACGCCUCUCCCGGGCUCGUAUCUGAGCUUCCUCUGGACGCUCCUGAGUAAGCCUACGCACUGUAUUCGUGUGCGGAUCGCGGAGAGCAUUACAGUCCCCGGCAGCAGUGGCAGUGGCAAUGUUCUCGCUGACGACGGACUGACUCCCCCUGAAAAGGCCCUGCUGGAUUCCGUGGGCGAGUCGCUGGCUCGUCUGGGCCGUGUCAAGCGUGUUGGGCUGGGUGUGCAGGAGAAGGUGGAUUUUGUCCGCCUGUGGAGCAGGACGAGGCGGACGUGGUGA